AUGGCCCCGACGACACGCCUGCAUUUCCUUCCUUUCGAGCUGAACUCUAUACUAUCUCGUCAGACGCGGUUGGCCUCGCGCCCUCAAUACCCCCUGCUUUUCCUUUCCCGUCCGCGAUGUCGCACCCUCCAUCUCUACAAAGCUGCCCACAUCAGUCGUCGAGACAGCACUCUCGGCCAACAUAAAAUCCUCCCCUUCAAUCUAUACCACGUCCCCAACCUUAGCGAAUCGAACCAUAAAAUAACCCUGAUAACAAAGCCUGGGGGCGAGGAGCUACAAAAGGAGCUCUCGCUAGAAGACGCACUCGCGCUCGUCCAACCAGGCCAAGUGCUCUACCAGACCGACGAAAUUCCAAAAUCGCUGAGCCAAAACUGGGAAAAGCUCAGGGAGGAUGAGUUGCAGAAUAAAUUCAACAGAUAUGCCAUCUAUGAGACUGGAAAGAGGCGAUUCCCCAUUGCGUCAAAGAAGGUUGCGUCUAUAAAGUUCGUUCAUCUUGCAGCACUGAAGGAGAUACAUUGCAGCUUGUCCUCGACCCCGGAUUACACGACAAUUUUGCUGGAUCGAACAUAUCAGUUUCUCAAUGCAGGCCACCCUGUCGAAUUUUGCUUGCGCCUCCGGGGGUCAAAGGUUAAAAAAGCCGAUAGAUGGCUAGGUUAUGAUUUUUCAGCAUGGUAUUGGAUGCACCAGAACUUCCCACAUUUAAGACCUGAUUUUAUCCUCAAGGGGAUGCCAGAAGGCGCGUACUUCAAAGUUUCGCCAUGGAGUGAUGGCAACCAUCUCCAGUGGGUCAUGGCGAUGCCCACGGCUGAUGAACUCGCAACGGGCAUCCGUCCUAACAUGGACAGGCGCCUCGGGGUGUUGAAGAAGCGGGUGCAAGAUGCGAUGGAUUCUGGGAAACAGAGCCAGCUCCCGGCAUCAUUGCGGCAAAAGUUAAUAGACGCGGGAAUUGAGGCGUACUCGCUCCAGAAUGGAGAGCCUAAGGGCGUGACAUCGCCGGGUAAAAUAAUCAAAUCGAACGCUGAGGGUCAAAAGAUUCAACAGGUGCGUGGACGCUGGGACCAGGACAGAUGGUUAGUUCCUAGGACGAAAGACAAAUCUAAAGAGAAUCGGCGACAGGGCUAAAAGAGUAGGAAGAUGUACAAGGGCGUUCCAUAGUAAAUUAGGACUAACGCCUGAGGUCCCCAUUAACCACCGAAGUGUAUGUAUAGGCAUGUGGAAG